CUCUCUCUCUCUCUUUCUCUCUCUCUGUCUUUCCCUGCCGGCUGGGUGCUGAAGUUGGGCGGAUGGAAGCAAACCAGCUCCGCUAGGGACCAAGCUGCACCAGUCUUUUCCCCGGGACCGUUCAGUGCCAAGCACACACCACCAGGCGGGGUGGCCACAGGAGUGCUGAAGUAGCUGAAAUGAGAAAAAGGCAACAGUCCCAAAAUGAAGGAACAUCGUCUGUGUCUCAAGCUCCUGGAAACCAAAGGGCCAACAACACGUGUUGCUUCUGCUGGUGCUGUUGUUGCAGCUGUUCAUGCCUCACUGUUAGGAAUGAAGAUAGAGGGGACAGCACAGGAAGACCAACACACAGUAGCAAACUGGAGAGCAUCCAGGUCAUUGAAGAGUGCCAAAAUCCCACCGCUGAUGAAAUUCUGUCUUGGGCUCAGAAUUUUGACAGGAUGAUGAAAACACCAGCCGGUAGGAAUAUUUUCAGAGAAUUUCUUCGAACAGAGUAUAGCGAAGAGAACCUCCUAUUCUGGUUAGCAUGUGAAGAUCUGAAAAAAGAACAGAACAAGGAUGCUAUUGAAGAAAAAGCCAGACUUAUAUACGAAGACUACAUCUCUAUACUAUCGCCAAAAGAGGUUAGCUUAGAUUCACGGGUGCGAGAGGUGAUCAACAGAAAUUUGUUGGACCCCAACUCUCAAAUGUAUGAAGAUGCUCAACUUCAAAUCUACACAUUAAUGCACAGAGACUCUUUCCCUAGGUUUUUGAACUCUCAGAUCUAUAAAUCUCUUCUCGAAAGUACAAGGAGCUCUACUUCUGAGACUUAAAAAAUAAUUUGGGGAUUUGAAAUCUUGAUUUAGCUUUCGGGGAAAUGGGUGGGGUAAGGACUAUUAGGAUGAAGACAGACGUAACAUUUUUAAAGUGACAGGGCUGCUCUGGAAGCACCUUCACCGCAUUUAGUCCAAAAUGUACCCUUCCCCUCCAGAGUCAAGCUCUGGAAAAAACGGUCCUGCUCCUUGAGGCAGAGGCUGGCUGUGCAUGGUGCUGAUUUGUGGAGCCCCAUCCCCACCCCCAUGAUGUCACCAAGAAACCUCCCCUGCAAUAGCAGGAACAAUUUUGCACUUUAAGAAGAGUUUCCUUUUUAAAUGAAGAAGGCAGGAAAUGAACAGAUACAUGGCCUAGCGUUCAUCCAUCCUUUUGUUUUGGGUGGACUGGGGCAGGGAGAGUGACAAGACUGGAAAGCGUGCCAGUUUUUCAAUUCGUUGUUCUUCAUGGCUGCCAUUUCAGCUGCCGAUUCUGAUGGGAAGAUGGGCUCAUCCAGAGCUGAGGGAUGAACUGAGAGCUCUCUUUUUAUAUUACAUCUGUCUUCACCUUAGUAGUUCAAUAACAUCUGGAACUGGAGUUCCUGGAGAACUACAGUUUGGCACUACUCUGGCUACUGUGAAGCAAACAAAUACACGCAAAGGUCUUUAUCUACAUUUAUCAAGGUCUAUCAUUCUUGAUUUUGGAAGGGAGGGAUUUGCCAAAUCAGACUUAGCCACACACUUUUACACCUGCAGUUAAGAUUGCAAUGAUGUUCUUGUCAUUUUAAUGAAGAGUUUCCUUGUGUAUCCUCACACUGCAUGUGCAAAGCAAAACUGCUUCACUUUAUCACUUAGUUGUUGCAAUAUUUAAUCCAACAACAUAAAUUAUAUCUAUAUUUAAGAAUAUUGUGUGCAAUAUGGUUUUAUGGUACACACGCAUAGGGAUUGUUGGAGUGAACCAGAGAACAAUCUGACUUGGGUUUAGCAAUGUUAUUCCCCAUGUUCUGUGGAGAAAAAUCUGUUGCUAUAUAAGACAGACAACAUUUCUAUAUAAGAAAAACAGCAAGAAGCGAAUGUUAUUUAUCAUCAUUUAUUUAAAAUUCAAAACAGAGGAUUCCUCUGGUUAUUAACUGCCAGAAUUGUGGUACUUUCAUUACAGAAAUGUCAAAACUAACAACAAACAUCAAAGCACAAGUUAUAUGUAAGAAAUCAAAUGGAGAGACACACUCUCUAUAAACUGACAUUGUUUAUAAUUGUUAUAAAAACAGAUAAUCAAUGUACAUUUCAGAUAUCAGAUACUGUAAUGGAUUUAUUAAAGACUGGCUAUCCAGUUAUCUAAAAUUGUUGUGUAAUGUUAUGUAAUUCACAAAAGAAAAGAAACAAAAAAAAUCUUCCAUUCCAUUCUAGAAUCAACUCUAGAAAAAAUAUGUUUUUAAUUUAUAAUUUUUUUAAAAUGUAUAAAUGUAGCAUUUUGGUCAGCACUGGAGACUAGCAUUUGUCUAUACAUUUGCUUUUCUUAAAAGUUCUGUCCUGUGGAAAGAAAAAAUUAUGUUUUUUAAAGGAAAAGCUAAGAAAUCUUCUGGCGUUCCUAAUUUUAAAAGGUUCAUUUAUGGACCAGUGCUGUGGAGAUUUAAUAAAUGUUAAAUUCAAAUCUACUAGUGCAAAAAUAGUGGCAAGAGUUGUUCUUUUUUUCUUUUUCUUUUUAAAGAAACAUCUUUCUAAGGACUAGUAAAAAUGAAGACAGUAUGGUGUCCUCUAUUUACCUUGAAUUUAAUUUGCCAGGGUCAGUCUUUUGCACAAGCCAUCCUAUAAUGCAGUGUUUCUCAACCUUGACAAUUUUAAGGGAUGUGGACUUCAACUCUCAGAAUUCCACAGCCAGCAAUGCUGGCUGUGGAAUUCUGGGAGUUGAAGUCCACAUGCCUUAAAAUUGUCAAGGUUGAGAAACACUGCUAUAAUGAAUGUGGAUUUAGCCAAGAUCAGUUUUUCUCUUGUGAAACUCCCAUUUACUGCAAAUGUGCAAUUGAAAAGUCCCUUGGAAAUCCUUUCCUUUGCUGCUAGUUCAGUUUUGUAGUUACCUGACUUUUUUUUAAAAAAAAAUCCCAAUUUCCAUAACUGCUUGCAUCUUUAAAAAGAAAUAGCAAAUUUCUAAGCAAAACAACCAAAAAAACCCCUGUCUUAGAACUUGUUCAUUUUAAUAUUCAGUCUUGAGAUUUUCUUUGAAGAAUUGUUAAGGUGCCACAAAACAGAUACAUAUUGAAGGUAUUAUUAUGAACUCCAGAUUUGAUGCUUGGAGACAUUCUAUAAACUUCUCCCUGAAGUUAACUUCUUGUUGCUGUUAAUGAUGAAGAUAUGGUGUUAAACAAAUAGAAUCAAGUUAUUUAAUGUUAGCUGCUUGUCUGCAAAUUAUUCCUGAGUUCAUCUACAUCAUAAUGUGGAUGUAUUCACUAAGCAUGCCGAGUCUCAUUCAUUGAAGGGGAAAUUUUGCUGGAGCAAAGUUGUGAAUUUUGCCCUCUGAGGUUGCAGUGGCCAAAGAAAGUAAUAUAUAAGAUGACAUUAAGCACUGGAUUGUUCAUUCUAGUCCUAAGCAUCUGUGCCAGCAGUGCCCCUCCCCCCCACAUGCUUUCACAAUACUGGAAUCUCUUGACCAUCUAGUGUCAGUAAAAGUCCUUUGUUGCCAGUAAUUAUGCCAUUCAUUUAUUUUGGAAGGGAUUCAUUCUUUUUCUCUUUCACUACCUCUUCAUAUUUAAUUUAUUGAACAUGUGUCAAAGGGCAGAAGUAUGUUUGGGAAUAUACUUAUUACUUUACAUACAAUACUUGAAAUCUGUAAGCUUAAGAGGCGUGGUGGGGGAGAUGUGGACAAUUUAGCUAACCAUUUCUUAAGAUCUUUUGGUUUUGUAAUUUAUACAGAAUUCAGGAGACAAGACUUUUGUAAACAAAAAAAGGGCUAUUCUUUAUUCCCUAUGCAACUCUUUUAACUGUUGUAGUGUUUGACAAAAUGGGAUUUUAAAAAAAAGGCAAAAAAGCAAGAGAAAAUUCUGCAAAGCAGGAAAAAUAAAAGGUCUGUUUACACUGGCGUUUGCUGACUAUCCUACCAUACUCAGCACUUUUAAAUAUUGUUGUGUAUGAAAAUGUAGUUUAAAAUGCAAGACAAAUUAUUUAUAAAGGACAUUCUUUUAAUAAAUAUCUGUUUUAUCUGAAAAGUGUUAUUGUGUUAUGAUAUACUUUAUUCAUGUUGGUUAUUAAUUUACCAUUAUGAAUAAAUUUUAAAGGUAUAUUGAUAGAAUUAUAUCUUUGAAGACGUUUACAAAAACAAUCUUUUUUUUCUAAAGGAGAAGGUAGCAAGAAAAGAAAAGAAAAAAGCAAACAACUGCCUCCUCCUACUGUGAAUUUCUCAUAAUGAAAUAAUUUAAGGCUCAUUAUCUGAAAUAACUGUGGUAUUACAUAUUUAUAACACCACAGUAAAAGUUACAUUUCCUAUGAAACUCUGCAUAUAUAUCUCUGUAUAUAUUUAUAUGAUGUGGAUUCUGGUUUAUUAUGGUGUUUGAGACACAGCUAUCUCUGGUGCACACAACUAGGUCUAUGUAAUUAGAGAAUAUCGCAUGUAUUCAACUUUCAAUAUUGAGACUUCAUAUUUUCAAUGUUACUAUUUGAUGGUGACCUAUUAACCAGAAGCUAUCUUUAUAAGAUACUUUUACUACAGUAAGGGAGAUGUCAGUUUGACAGGACACCUUUCCUGAGGAACUUUAACCAAAUAUAAAUGUGAGGGUCUGCCAAUAGCACUUAGAAUUAUAGUACUAGACUUCCUUUUAUGAGUAUUUGAUCAUGAUAUAGGAGGGGAAAUAAGAUGUUACGUUUAAACUGUUUCUGAAAUUACUAAGUGUGUUUUUGCAGUGAGACUAUGUUACCAUAAGAGCCUAAAUCCUGAAUUUUACUGGAUUUAUAGGUUGGCCUAUUGAGCACUCUGUAUUGUAUAUGUUCUUCCUAGGAAUGAAUGUAUAUUUUAAAUCCAUCUUGGAAAUAUACAUACACACCCACACCACAUAACCCUUGUGUCAUUUAAAGAGAUAUGAAAACAAAGGUGGUUGUUGAUGUCAACUUUCUGCAACUAAGAGGAAUAGCCAAAUUUAUCUCAUUCCACUUUUGCAUACCUCAGUUUUCAGUUCUCUGAAAGUAAUAUUGACAGUGUUUAGAAUGACAACAUAAUCUCACUGCUCUCAGUCAAUUUGCAACAUAUGAGCAGCCAAUGAUUACACUUCUAAAAUUAUUAUUGUGCAUGUACUAUACAAUACUUUUAAUAUAAAUGAAUUGCUUAAUUAUACUUACCACAGGCAGAAAUAGAUUGAAGAUGUAUUUACUUCCUGUUUUGGGAUUUUAAUGAGAUCACAAAUAUAAAAAAUAAAUAUAAUGCUUUUGAUUAACAGAU